UGUGUGAGUACACUAUAGCUUCUAUUAGGAGUUAUCACUCUUACUACACGUUUGAGGGAAACACAGAUCUUCUGAGUGUUUCUAUGGCAACGACCAGAGCGUCGACAUGUCCGGAGCAGCAACACGUCGUGAAAAGACGGGACUACAGAGAGCCGGUGUGUCAGAGCAGUGGGAGGCUUUGGCCGCAGAUGAGCAGCUGAGCGGACACCAGCUUCAGUCGGAGCUGAGGGGGAUCCUGGGCUUCAGGGACCAUCAGACCUGUAUGAAGGAAGCUGCCCUGCUAGAUUACUAUGUCUGUGGUUUCUGCUGGGCUAAAGAUGUCAACCUCACCCCCACACAGACCUCCUUCACCAUGACUGUACUACACAUGCUGCUGGACAACAUUAGAGAGAAACAGAUGAGUUUAGUAGAGAACGUGAUGGAGUUUGCUAAGGCCUUAGCUGCUGGUUGCCAGUGCUCAACCUCAGAGGAAGAAACCACAUCACUUCUGGACAGAGAAGAAGCCAGUGAGUUCAUAAGUUACAUCAGAAACAGUUUGUUUCAGAGGUACAGACUCUACGAGCUCCUCCUCACCAUGCCCAGAGAGGAGCUGCUGACAGGGACGGAGAGGACCACUGAGGUGUUCAGGUGUCAGGAUGCUCUCACCCCACUGGAGGAAGGCAUUUCCACUCAUCUCUACCUCCAGUAAGCAGCCCCUCCUGAUAUCCACAACAAUGAGCCAGUGAUGAGAACUGGGUGGAUGGACAAUGAGUGGGAGUUGUGAAAUGUAAUUCCUUUAUUGUCCACAGCAGGGCACUGUCUGUAAAUGGAAUCAUAUGAACAUAAACAGUCCCUCCAUUUUGUUUCUUCAGAACAUUCUUAAAAAGUUGUCCAAAUUUAAUUGUUGGAGGAAAAAGAAACAUUAAGCCAUGAACGUGAACCGCUUCAAACAUAUCCUGGACUAACCAUUGUCACUGCUAACCACUGUUAGCAAUACCAGUUGAUAACAACGCUCUACAUGGUGUUUUGCCCAUACAAACAGCAUAGCAGCAUGUCCACAGAUGAACAGUACUAUCUGUAUGACCGACUUAAUGUGGCGCUAUAAGACAGAAGAACUGCUAUAAACAGUGAAAUCAGUGUUCACUACUCUGGAUGACAGUACCAGCCAUCUUGAAAGUUUAUGUCAGGGUUGGUGGGGUUGCUCCAGCUCUCUGGGUAGGAAUUUCGACUUCAGGGGGCGUUCCAGUUGAAAUUUCUGACUUGGAAUUCGGAAAUUCCGACUUUCACGUACAACUGGAACACACCAUUAGACACAAUGAAGUGUUUUUUCCCUUCACUGUAGAUGGGAUACCUUUUAACAAAAAAUAAUGAUAAACCGGUUCUCUCUAUGAAUAUAAUGUCUAUCUUUUCAUUAUCUGGCUUCACUAACCAACCACAGUCUGACUAAGCGGUCUUACGAUGCUGGUUUGUUAAGUCAACCCAAGAUUUCCUGAUGGUUCACGUGAAAGAGGCGGCGUUGUUAGUUAAAAGCAGCGUUGUCAGAACCAUGAGUAAGAAACCUAAUAUUAUAUUAGAAGUAACUGCUAGCUGCAUGCUGGCUCAGUUCUAGCAUUGUCCAAAAAUGACAUUUAACAAGGUGAAAUGUGAACAAUAUGAUCACAUGACUAGAAUAGAAACACUAGAAAUAAUUUCCACUGAUCAAAGUCAGGCUCAGGAAUCUCUUGUAAAUAAGUGCAAAAAUAUUUUUUUCUUACUUAAGUGAGUGUUUUUGCUCUUUAGUCUAAUGGUGAUUUUUUCUGUGUUAUUCUGAAUACGUGAUGCAGAUGAACAUAACACUGUUGGAGGAAUAUAAUUAGAUUUUUUGUUACAUCCAAAAUUAAGAACAAAUCCUUGUCCAUAGUUCAGCCAUGUUGGAGACAGUGUGGGGCUGUGAAUGCAGACCAUUCUCAUGUGUUUUGGCUGUGUCCUACAAUUGUACAGUUUUGGGAAAAUGUUCACUUAAUUAUUGUUAAAAUUCUGGGCUAUGAUAUACCAGUAUCAUGUAAGAUGUUGUAUUUUUGUAAUAUGACAGGAGAUACUGUAUUAGGAGAAGACCGAUAUUUACUGAAAAUCUUAUUAGCAGCUUAUAAAAAGGCCAUCACAAGGAAAUGGGGUAAGGCAGAAUCACCAACACAAGAGGAAUAGAUGAAAAUUCUAGUUAAUAUAAUAAUAUAAUUAAAUAAAAAUAUUUGUUAUUGAACAUCUGACUCAUAGGAUAAGAACACAAAAGGAUCAGUGUCGAGAGAAAUGGACCAUAUUUAAUGGAGAGGAGAGAGUUCAUGUCUGAGCUCCAUCUGACUGAAAUGUUCAUUUAGAAUUGUGGGAAAUAUUCAACAGUGUGAAGA